GGGCGCGGCCAGGCCGGGGCCGGCCCGGUAAAGCCGGCGGUGAAGCGGCGGCGCGGGCGAGGCGGCCCCGCACCAUGGAGGGGCACCUGGCGCGCUGCAAGAUCGUGGUGGUGGGGGACACGCAGUGCGGCAAGACCGCUCUGCUGCACGUCUUCGCCAAGGACUGCUACCCCGAGAGCUACGUGCCCACYGUCUUCGAGAACUACACGGCCAGCUUCGAGAUCGACAAGCAGCGCACCGAGCUCAACAUGUGGGACACCUCAGGCUCAGCCUAUUACGACAACGUCCGUCCCUUGGCCUACCCCGACUCGGAUGCUGUGCUCAUCUGCUUUGACAUCAGCCGCCCCGAAACCCUGGACAGCGUGCUCAAGAAGUGGCAAGGGGAGACGCAGGAGUUCUGCCCCAACGCCAAGAUCGUGCUGGUGGGCUGCAAGCUGGACAUGAGGACAGAUCUCAACACCCUGCGGGAGCUCUCCAAGCAGCGCCUCAUCCCCGUGACACACGAGCAGGGCAGCGCUCUGGCACGGCAGAUCGGGGCGGUGGCCUACGCAGAGUGCUCCUCCAAGGUGUCAGAGAACAGCGUCCGGGACGUGUUCCAUGUCACCACGCUCGCCUCRGUCAACAGGGUGCACAAGAACUUGAAGCGCAGCAACUCCAAGCGGGGACUGAAGCGGGCGUCACAAAUGCCCGGCAGGACGGACUUCCUGGGGGACACAGAGAUCAGGAAAGACCGAGCCAAGAGCUGCUCCAUCAUGUGAAAAAGGGGCUGUAAAUAACGUGUGUGUGUUGUCCAUUUGUACAGUGACUGGCUGAGGCGAGGGCGUGGUGCUGGCUCAGGAGCUGCCCUGCCCUUCCCAAAGCCUUUUUUUCAGUCUCCAGGGCUGAGCAAAGGUCCCAGCUGCAAGCAGGGGGUGCACGGGUCACCCUGCGCUGUGGAGACUUCUGGGCUGGCUGCUGCUUCUGUGCAGGUUGCUUGGGAUGAAGGAACCACUUGGAAGAGGAGUGUUUGGGUGCUGGAAGGUCUGUGAGUGGGUGAGAUGAAGUGAAGGCAGUGGUGCCAUGUGUGUGACACCCUCUGUCACCAACAGCCCAGGCUGUGCCCCUGUGCAGCUGCACAGCACACACCGAGUGGCCUGGGCUGGAGGGAGGAGGGGGGAUUGCAAACAGCAAAGUGUGAUCAGGUGUUCUUCCAAAUCUUCCUUUAGAAGGGAAAUGAUGUUUGAGGUGGUGCUGCCCUCAGCCAGGUUGGGCAGCAAAUGCUGUGGAAGGUGAAGGUCUGGGCCAGAGCUGGGAGGGAAAGCACCUGGGGAGGAACCUUAACCUGAUGARACACCACAAUAAUCCACCUCCUGCACAGAAAACAGAUAUCUCUUUCCACGGUAUUUUAGAUACUUGAACUGCUUUUGAGAUGCAGCCCAGUGGAUCUGGCUCCAAGGGAAAGGUCUGUCCUGGUAGAUGCAUCCUGAGAAUUGUGGUUCCCUCCAAGCAAAUGCCCCUGGGGAGYUUUGUGAGAGCUGCUGACCCUGCUCACUCCCCAGACCCUCCCUGUGUCCUGCACUCAAAGAACUGCAAUAACUGCCCACAUCCUGCUCUCCACCCACUUCCAGCUGCAGAUCGUGUUGCAUGGUGCUGUGUUUGUCUGGUGUAGAUGAGAAAAAAAAUGAUUUGAUGCAUAUCUGCACCCCRUCUCUGGCAGUGGAGAGGAGGUGCUCCCUGCCCUCGUGCCUUGCUGUCCACCAUCUCCAUUGCUUCUGCUGCUGCUGCCCCUCGGAACGUCCUUGAUGACAGUGUUAGCCUGGGCUUUGUGUCACAUGGACACUGUAUGGGAAAAAAGGAAUCUGCUCUGUUUGCCAGAUCCAGCUGUGUCUGUGGGCUACAGGAAAAAUAAACAUCAUUGGGAAAUUCCUAGUGCUCGGCUSUGUUCAUUUUUGAUAGUCAAACCACACCUCCUCUCAGGAUCUCUCACUGCCCAGCUUCUCUUUGUGUCCUGAUGUCUCUCUCCAGCUCUUGAAAUUUGCUUSUGCUUAUCCUUCAGUGAAAAACCCAGAGGAUUUAUCUGCAUGUAUUCAUUUUGGAGCUGAAACACCUGCCUUGAAUAACCUCUCCCUCUAUCCCAAAUCCUUCAAUACUGUGGAGCAUUUGCAGGUUGUCUGUGCCUGAUCCAGCAGUCUGAGCUAACAUGAGCUGCCUCUGUCCUCACCACGG